AUGCCAAUCAUCUGUAUCACCAGCCCAUUCCCACUUAGCUCCUUUCCCAGCUGGCGAACUUGGAAGGUAAAAUUUUCUUCUAACAUUGUGCACUUCAUCUCCAUCUUCGCUACAUUGUGUUUUUGUUUUCAAAUUUAUAUAAUACCUAUUUAAAGUAAAUGCAUAUUUUCAUUGUAUAUAAAUAAAGAUAGAACUUUAUUAUAUAUACGUAAUAAAUAUUUGAUAUUUAGAAUAAUUGAUAUUUAAGAUAUUAACUUUUUUAAUUUUAAAUUUAUUAUAUAAAAUUAAGUACAAAAUGUUUUUAACUUAAUCCUUCAAGUUUUAAUAAUAAUCAUAUUAACAAAUAGAAUGUUAAAUUAUUUGUUUAACUAUUAUUAAAAAAUAUCUUGAAAUACAAGACUAAAUGAAAUUUCUUUUAUAUUUCAUAUUUUUUGUUUCUCGUUAUCUUUUUCUAAAACAAUCUUUGACUUAUUUACAUUUAUGAACACAAAAGUUUCCAAACACACAUAGUUAUAUAGAUAAAAUAAUAUAUAUGUAAAUAUAUAAGUUUAAACCUGUCCAAAUUCGGAUCUGCAUCAUUCAGAAAAACGCGAGUUAAUUUUUUACAAUGUGCUCUCUCAAGAUGUUGAGACACCGCAGGACUAUAAGGUCUCCAUCGCCCAUGACGAUUUUCCCACUCCCAAACAACAACAGCAUGACCGUGUUCUUGUGUUUGGGCGUUCAUCUUCUUACUUAAGAAUUUCACAUGCACACGCAAUACAAACUUGCGUAGCAAAAACGUUAGCUCUUGCAGUUUUUCAAGAAAUUUUCCAUUUCAACAAACAUUCCAUGAAAAUGGAUGUAGAAAAAGUUGCUGUAUUUGCCAGUGUAGGAUUUGCAAUAGCCAUUGCAGCAUUUGUUAUAUGGGGUCCAUCUCCUAAACCUAGGAAAAAAGGAAGAGUUAUUGGAAUCAAUAAUUUAGGAUACACUUGUUUUUUGAAUUCUCUUCUACAAGCUUUGGCUGCAUGCCCAGUUUUCAUUGGAUGGUUAAAGAAACAAUAUGACAAAAAUGGAAAAGUUAAUUUCAUUUCAACUUUAUUAUCAGUUUUUGAAAAAAUUAAUGGAUAUGCAGAAGAUUUAUAUAGUGACGUAACACCAAUUGAAAUUAUUUCGUCACUUGGUAAUCAAUGGAAAUUUGCACCUGGUCAUCAGGAUGUACACGAACUAUUUCAUGUAGUUCUUAGUGCAUUACAAACAGAAAUUCAACCUGGAAGUAGGAAAGGUUGUUUGUCUGAUGCUUUACCACAAAGUCCAAUAAUGAUAACAGAUACAAAGAAAUUGGGUGAUCCUUUAACAUUUAGAAGUGUAUCUUGUAAUGAUAUUGUAUCAGCCAACAAAAAUCUUAACAUUCCGAAUGGUUUUGAUAAAAAUUGCAAUAAUCAUGUAAUAUCUUCGACAACAUCCAUAUCAAGCAUUUCUAUCGCACAUAAUAAGCCAGGUAUAAUUCUUGCAAGAUCUUCAGAAUUACUUUCAAAGAAUGUUGAAAUUGAGAAAAAUAAAGAAUCUUUUAAACCAUGGAACUCCUUAUGUACUAUAUCAUUUUCUACUGCUCCACCAAUAUCAAUAGAAGUACAUCCAUUUUCUGGCUUAUUAACUAGUCAAUUACAGUGCAGUUGCUGUAAAUGGAAGUCUGCAGUUCAUUAUGAUAAACUUGAAACAGUUUCUUUGCCUUUACCUCCUUUGGGUCCACAUAUUAGAUCACAUCACACAUUGGAAGAAUUGUUAACACGUUUUGUAACCAGUGAGGUUGUUCAAGACGUAUUAUGUGAUGGAUGUGGAAUGCGUUGUUUAGCUACUAAAACUUUAACUCUAGGAAAACUUCCCAAAUGUUUGUGUUUACAUAUAUCAAGAACCACAUGGAGUUCUUCAGGAAUACCAAUUAAGAGAGAUGAUCCAGUAAAAUUUCCUGAGAUACUGACUUUAGAUCCUUAUACUUUUACGGAAACAAAGAAGCGAAACGCACGGGGAGAUCCUGAAGCAACAAUGUUACUUAGUAAUCGAUCGACGUUACAAGAUAAACACAAAUAUCAAUUACGUGCAAUCGUAGAACAUCGCGGACCUGUAGAUUCUGGUCACUUUGUUUGUUAUAGACGAGGAAAUAAAAAUAAUCAAUGGUUGUAUACUUCUGAUAAUGUAGUUGAGAGUAUACCUUUGAUUGAAGUUUUAUGUGCCACACCAUAUCUUCUCUUCUACGAGCGUAUUAAUAGCAUAUAAGACUAGUUAGUAAUCAAUUUUAGUAAUCACAGCAAAUUUAGGAAUGAUGAUUCAUUGUCAGUAUACUGAAACAAUGUAAUAAUUACGGUGAAAUUUAAGAGACUGAAUGUGUUUAAUAGUAGUUUUCAUGUUUCCAUUGCAAAACAGUUGAAAUUAUUUCAAACUUAUUCGUUAAAUAAACUGAACAAAUAUUUAAAUUUAUUUUAUUUACUUACAUUUCAUGUUUUGUGUAUUAAUUUUUAUUAUACAUCAUUUUUAUACAAGUACAAAAUAUUUUCUAGCUUAUAACUUUGACAUUAUGGUUACAUCAGAAUUUAGUAAAAUAAUACAAAAUUUUUAACAUAUUUUAAAAAAUUAUUUUAAAAUUAUAGAAAGUAGUUUACACUUAAGGCUAGCAAUACUGUAG